AUGGCUUCUCCAAAGCGCUCGUGGUCGUUGUCCCUGAUGCCACCGGAGAUAAUACAAGAAAUCUUUUACAAGACUCCGGCGGAAGCUCUCGUCCGAGCAAAACCGACGUGCAAAGAAUGGUACGCUCUCCUCACCGACGCAAGUUUCAUCAACGAACACUUCCAACGCUCCAAAGAACACUUCAUAAGAAUCUUCGAUACGGUAAAGAUCAUGGAUCCAGUGACCGCAACGAGCUCAGUUUCACCAAUCCCAAACGAGCUACUACAACAUCCAUAUACGAUCCAUAACUUGGUCUACACGCUCAUGGUUCACUGCGACGGACUCAUGCUGGUUGGUUAUCGAGGUUGGAAGUACAGAAGCGACGGUUCAAGAAUCUCCAACCUCGCACUUUGGAACCCUGUUUUGAAAAACCUCAGAUGGGUCGAGCCGCCCGUGGAAACUAUCACGAGUACUGAUUAUUUCGGGAUUGGAUACAACAGCGACGGCUACAAGAUCGUGAGGUUUACUACUCGUCCGUUUGAGGUUGAGUGUUGCGAGGAUGUGCCAGAGGUUGAGAUUUACGAGUUCAAGACGAGUUCUUGGAGAACUAUUGGUGGAGAAGUUGAUACUGAUGUGGAGAUUACGAGUAACAGUGUGGCUGUGAUGGGCAACAUGUAUUGGACUGCUUAUAGAGUAGAAACACCAGAAGAAGAGUUCAUUAGGGUUUUCGAUUUCUCGGAUGAAACAUUCAAGGACAUAUGCUUCUCUCCAACCUCUUACGUUAAUAGUCAUUUAUCUUGUUUCAAUGGAGAUAACUUGUCGUUGCUACAACAAGACCAAGCAUCAAGAAACAUUGAGGUGUGGGUUUCGAGCAAGUUGGGUGAUGGUGAUGUCACGUUUAGCAGAUAUUUUAGUUUGUCCCGUCCUGAUCUUCCGGCGUUACGGGUCCGUGAUGAUGCUAAUCCUGUAUACUGCUUUGUGAAGCCUAAGAGUGUCAUCGUAUGGUGCGUGGAAGUUGAAGGAAAAGGUACUGUUAAGGCUUGUACUUGCUGUACUCUUUAUGAGAUUGGUGAGGAUGGGGUGAAGAGUAAACGCGAGACAGAACGAAGCUACGUGCGUGACUAUUCUCGCGCCUUCCGGUGUGGCUAUGUGUAUAUUCCAAGUAUGAUCCCUCUUCCAUGGGUAAGACAUUAG